AUGAACAUUGUGCUGCAUGUGCCUAUUGUAAUCGUGGGUUUCUUGUGAUUUUUCCUAUGUGUGCCUCAGUCGACCUUCCAUUGUAUAAUGCUGUCUUCUGUUUAGUAACAGUAGUGGGUUCUUUUCAAAUCAGCAUGGAGGGUAGGCAUUCUCUUUACUGAAAGCUACAAUCUUCCUGCCUAAAAUUUUCAACAUAUUCUUUUAUUUAUAGAGUGGUCUUUUGCAAAAUGAGAAGGUAAGAGAUGUACACAGCUCAGUAACACCAUGUCAACAUCGUCCCCACCACCUUCCUCAGUCAGUUAAGCAGUGCAAAUGCUUGCAACGUCGUAGAUGCACAUUUGUACUGAAGGGGUUUCUGCCCUGUUAGUCCCCUUUGGCAGCUCAAAUUACUUUUUGUGUUUGAUAUACGGUAUUUAAAGCUACAGUAUCAUUAACAUGACUGCAUGUCACUACCAUGAUGUGUAGUCAGCAAGAGACUGAUGAUUUUUUCGUCAGUGAGACUACAUCAUGUAUCACAGUGGAAAUACUAUAUUUAGACCUGCAACAUGGAUGUAGAAUAUCUAGAUACAGUGAAACAACGAUGUGUGCAUUACAAAGCAUACAUUUAAUACAUGUGAAUAGCAUGAUGAAGCUAUUGCAUUGUUUUACUGAACUCUGAAAGCAUUUCUAACUUAUAUUGUUUAUAGUCUAUUGACUGCUAAGAUAUACUGAUUUUUUUCAGUCUGCUGAUCACCGUUGCAUUUUUAAAUACUUUAUUAAAAUUCUUACACUCGACAUCACUGUGGACCUUUUUUCCAAAGUAUUCCAAAUGUUUCUAGAAUAAUGUCCUAUUGGUUUAUAGUUAUAUCACUUGCUUUAGAUGGGUAAUCCUAAUAAAGACUUUGCUACCUUUAAAUCUUGUCAAAAUUGUAUUACUUUAACAGUUUUACUUUUGUUAGCAGUGACCAUUCUAAUAAUCAACUUUCAGAAUUUUUAAGAUACAAAAGUUACAAAUCUCUCCCUGGUGGUGAACUCAAGAACAAAAUAUGUUUUGUCAUAUUUACAUAUGACUGACAUGUUUCCUAAAUGAACAGCAUUGUCUGCUUUCUUCCCUGCUAUCUAAAGAAGUCUUACAGAGUUGAUUCUUGAUUGCCUUGCGAUCAAGGACACACCUACUUGGUUCCUGCUCUUUUUAUAAACCAGAUGUAGUGUGUUUUAUUUUAAUCCCCUUCAGUCUUAGACUCUGAAGCCCUGAAAUGGAUUCUCUGGAUGAUUUCUGCUCAGUUUCUUUCUUCUUCAAACUGUAAUGUAACUUUGACUAGAAAAGGGUGAUUAAAUGUUCCUUUCCACAGUCAUGUUAUUUGAUGUUGUGGAUCCCCAUGCAACAAUGAAAUGAACAGGAGUAAAUAUGGUAUUCUUUGGAAAAUGGUCUGGAAAAUAUAAGUGAGUUGUAGUCUGUAGCUUAGAAAAUUUGACAACAAAACCUUUAAAAAAACAGCUGACUUCAUGGAAGGGUAGGUUGGUGAGACAGUGAAAAAGUUUCAUGGAUAAUUCUGCAGAAUUCUUCCCCCCCUGAGUAUUUCCACUUGCACUAAUUAGAGGAUGCACUCUUAGACUUUGCUCCAUGUUUCUCUGCUCCUCACAGAUGAGAACUUCACUCUCAAACACGACAGAGCCUUCCUAUUGUCGAUGGCCAACCGUGGGAAGGACACUAACGGUUCACAGUUUUUCAUGUGAGUAACUUUCAGUAAAACAAUUCUUUUGGUAACUUGCAUAACCAUACUAUUUAACCGUCAUUUCUAAUACAGUUUUGUUUUAGUUUUUGCUUUCUGUCCCUUUUUCUAUUUUGAAACUGUAGACUAGUAUCUGUCAUUGACCAUCACCAGUCCCCUCUCUGUGUGUUAGAUUUCAAAAUGCAGAGAAACAUUGGAUUCAUUCUUUUUUACCUACAAAUGUGUUACAUUUUUUCUCUUGCCGUUUUUGUGUAAAAUUUACAGAAACUCUAGCAUCCUGCUCUUCCAAGCACCACUAAGAUGGCACCUCACCUAGACGGAGUCCACGUCGUCUUUGGUCUAGUCAUCUCCGGCUUUGAAGUGAUAAAGAAGAUUGAGGGGCUAAAGACUGAUUCAGCUAGCAGACCCUAUGCUGAUGUGAGAGUGAUGGACUGUGGACAGCUGAUCAUCAAGUCUGCCAAUGAUGUGCUUGAAGGCAAACGGAAAAGAGCCUCCCAUUCUGCUGACUCGUCCCUCAACUCUCAUGACUCGUCCUCUCAGUUGUCCACUUCAAUGGAGUCUGAAAGUGAAUCGGAUGAAAAGCACAAACAUUACAAGCACAAGAGACAAGCAAAGAGUAAACGCUCUAAAAGGAAAAGAAGGGAAUCAAAGAAGGAGAAGAACAUGGAUGUUUUGCCUUCGACGCAGUGUCCUGUGGAAAGAGAGAUGCUGGAGGGAGAGAAUGAAAUAGAAGAAGAGAAGGAGCAGGGUGGCAAGAGAGAGAAGCCUGUUGUUCGGCCAGAGGAAAUCCCACCAGUGCCAGAGAAUCGCUUCCUGCUGCGGCGGGGUAUGCCAGCUCAGGAAGAUAAAACAGAAAUAGUCGAGAAAGAAGAAGUUACUCUUUCAGCUGACCAGAAACCAGCAGUGUCGAAGUCUGGACGGAAGAUAAGAGGCAGAGGAACAAUCAGAUAUCACACUCCCACAAGGUCUAAAUCACGCUCUGCAUCUGUGGAGGAGCGUGGAAGCAGUGAAACUCCACCACACUGGAAGGAAGAAAUGAAGAGAACUCACAUUUAUCAACCCCCGAGCAUGGAGAAGUGGAGCAAAGGAGACAAAUUGAAUGACCAUUCCUCAAGCAGAUGGGACAACAGAAGUGACUCUGCAUGGUCCCGGUCUGCUGAACACUCCUCAGACUGCAGCUCUGAGAGAUCCAGCCAGCAUCGCCAGCAGAAAAAAGACAAGAAGAAAGCCAAACACAAGAAGAAAUCCAAACACAAAAAGAAGGCCAAGAAGAAGAGUUUGAAGAGCAAACUUCAAGAAUCUUACCUCUCAGAUGGUGAAAGGUCAGUGUCUUCAGGAAGAAAGUCUAGAAGGUCCCGUUCUCCAACUCAUUCUUCUUCUAAUCUGCAUCAUUCGUCAACCAGAAGGAGACGGCGGUCACUGUCUCUCAGAGACUCACGGUCUUACUCUAGGUCCUACACAUCCAGUCAGUCCAGAUCUCAAGGGAGGUCCAGGUCUUACUCAAGAUCCAGAAGCCUUUCCAGGUCUAGAAGUCGAUCUUAUACUAGAUCUAGAUCUCACUCUUAUUCGAAAUCCCGGUCAAGAUCCAGGUCAAGGUCCAGGUACAGAUCAAGAUCAUUGUCACCAUCCAGAAAAAGGAGUUUAUCUAGAUCUCCAAAGACAAGAAAAACAGGCAAGCCCAAACCAGACGUUAUGAGCAAUGCUCCUGAGAAGCUUCCAGAGAGCAAAGUUACACCUGUCCCCAGACUGCCAACAGUCCCAGCUCCUGAAAGUGUCCCUGUCAUCCCUCUGAGCGACAGUCCUCCUCCAUCACGCUGGAAACCAGGUCAAAAACCCUGGAAGCCCUCCUACAUCCAUAUUCAGGAAAUUAAAGCUAAAGUAGCCCCUAGUAUCGUUUCUUCUACUGGACAAGCAGUUGACGGUGUUACAGAAAAAGCUCAGACUUCUGUUUCACCAAAGGCUCUGCCGGCUGAUUCUGAAAGCAGCAAAGCACACAAAGCUGCACGAUGCUCACGUAGCAGGUCAUCCAGAAGCAGGUCUUACAGCCGUUCGUAUAGCCGGUCAAGGAGUAGAAGUUACAGCAGGUCCAGGUCCAGAUCUGCCCAUCAUUACAAGAGCAGGUCGUCCUCCUACAGCAGGUCAGACUCUGAAAACUCCCAGAAAACAAGUAGCAACAAGAAUAAUUCAUUAGACAAGGAAUGGAAAGAGUACUACAGUUCUCUGAAGAGGAUAAAAAAUUUAGAUAAGUACAUUUCACUCACCAGUAGUCAAGAUGCUCACUCCACAUCAGAGAACAGGACAGGCAGUGAGCGUAGUCCCGAUAUCAGUGUCUCAAGGAGAAGUGAGUCUAUGGAGAAAGUAAAAGAGAAAAGCAGCUCAAGGGAUGCUGAGACAAAACAGUGUAAUUCAGUGCCCGCUGAGAGCUUUAAUAGGUCUGAAUGGGAUAGUGACAGUGAUAAAGUGAGCCAAAGCAACAGUGCUGUUCCAUUAAAAAAACAGAAGCAAGCUGCACAGUCCAGUGGAAGCCUUCACAAGAAGUUGUCUGCUGGUACUGGAUGGAAUUCAGAAAGUGAUUCUGAAAAUAUAACAGCCAAGGCAUUAGCAAUAUCUGAAAAAGAAGAAGGGGAGGCUAGUUCAGAGUCUGAUUACGAGACUUCCAGAAAGACAUCAGAGGCAGUUAACGCUCCAGGAAUCACUGGUCUGUCAGGGAAAAGUCCUGAGAAGGCUGCAGAGCCAGAGAAACACAAGAGUAAGAAGAAAGGUAAGCGUAAACAUAAACGUAAGAGGAGAGGUGAGAAUAAAUCCAGUUCCCAUCACAGUAAGGACAAAGGAAAGAAAUCUAAGAGAAAACAUCAGAAGCUGAAGGAGACUUUUCACUGGCAGCCACCUUUAGAGUUUGGAGAAGAAGAGGAAGAAGAUGAAUCCAAAAGGGAGAAACAUAGUCCCAUUAGAGCUGUUAAACGAAAUCUUGGUGUAGAUACCAGGAAUAAAAGUGACCAAGAUUUAACCUGUUUAAACAAGAAUCCUACGAAAGAAGAAGAAAGGGGACAACAGAGGGCAAAAGAUCGUAUCAACAAAAAUGCAAAACACACCGAAUCUAAUCAAGAAUCAUCCAACAGGAACAGUGCUAGCAGUUCUAACUUGUCGAGCAUCAAAGAGCAAGAGUCAUUGGAUGAUAUGGAUAUUUGUACCCCGGAGCAUGACGCCGAAACUGUUGAACCCCCAGACACACAUGAUUCUGGUUUAACCCUAAAAUCUACCUCAAAGUCUUCAGAUACGGCACGUUAUGAUAGUGCUUUACCUCAUAGCAAGGAACAGUCCGCUGUUGCUUUCACAACAACAGCUGGCGGACUACAAGAUGAAGCAACCGCUGGCAGACCUACUGCCGCUGUAAUUAAUUUAAAAUGGAGGCCACUGAAAGGAAUGUCAGCGCUACAGAAUCUAAGCGUGCCACCUGUCACUGUGAAAAACAUCCAAAAUCAAGAGAGCCAGACCCUCAACCCACAGGGAGUGAGAAUGGAGAUAAAAAGUAAAAGCCGGGUCCGACCGGGAUCUCUGUUCGAUGAGGUUCGUAAGACUGCACGGCUCAACCAGAGGCCAAGAAACCAGGAGAGCUCAAGCGAGGAAAGAUCUCCCUCCGUGGGAAAGACCACACGAUCCCCAAAGAAGUCCAGGUCUGUUUCCAGAAAGUCUCGCUCUGUUUCCAGUCACCGGUCACGCUCCAGAGGGUGGUCGCACUCCUACAGCAGGUCCAGAAGUAGAUCCCGCAGCUCCAGCUUCUCCUCCAGGAGUCGUAGCAGGAGUCGGAGGAGACGAGGGAGAGGACGAUCUCGCUCUCGCAGCAGCACAUAUCGAAGUUACAGGAGUCACAGUAGGACGUACAGUAGAAGUCAUUCCAGAAGUCGCUCAUAUAAUCGCCGAAGGAGGUCCAGGUCAGAGUCGUACGACAGCUAUUCCAGUCGGAGUCGGAGUGUGAGCAGGAGACGAGGGCGUAGACGAAGUGACAGCUACAGGAGCUCAGACCGCCGAUCCCGGUCGUACCGCUCCUCCAGUCGCAGUUCUUCCAGGCGCAGGAGUCACAGUCGCAGCAGUCGGUACAGUUAAAGUAGCUUGUUGUGUUUGCAUCUGCUGAACAGGAAACAGAACCAGUGUGAUCACUGUGUUCGCACAAUAACAAAUACUUCUGUAGUCACAGAUCAGCAGCUAAAGCUCUAAUAGGGACAGUUACAGUCCAUCUUGUUUCUACUGUACUGGAUGUCCUUACAUAAGCUGACUUGUCUGUCACUGAGGAAAUGAAUGUUUAGGAAAUAAAUACAGAAACCACUUUACAAGCUUAUACAAAGAUAGACUUCCUUCUUGUAGGAACUGUCACAGCUGAGAACAACCGGGUUAACAUAUCAAUACGGCCACUCAAACAGAAACUUUGUAAGUGAAGUACUUCACAAAUAAUAGGAGAAAUAAGCUGUAAAUAAUUUAAUUAUUGUAUAUUUGUGUAUUCUUUUUCUACUUUUGCCUUUUAUACACUGAAAUGUAAAAUAGCUACAGUGUAAAUGUCUAAGCGUCUCAUGUUUGACGUGUUUGAGGAGUUUAUGUUGAGUUGCAAACAUGCCUUAAGUUUUCAAAGAGAAGUCAUCACUAACUGAAAAGUAACUUCUUUGUUUAACGGUUUGUUUUUUGUUUACUGCUUUUAUCACAGUACUAUGAAUGUUUACUGAAAGUGUCUCUGACUUAGAUUUUAUUCAAACGGUUCUGAAUGUUUACAGUUAAUAAAUACCACCACAUCCUGA